CGCCUGUGGGUGGACAAGUACUCUCCCAAGAAGUUCAACGAGCUCCUUAGCGAGGACAAGGUGAACCGCGAGGUGCUGCACUGGAUCAAGGCUUGGGACGGCGUGGUUUUCAAGAAGGCGCCGCCCAAGCCCACCCAGUGGGAUCUCAAGCAGCAGCAGUUCGCGGCGCAGCACGGCGGCAGGGGCGGCAGGGGCGGGAACGACCGCGGCGGCAGGGGCGGCAGGGGCGGCAAACCCGCCGUGCUCACCACUCACGUCCCGCUAGACGAGGACGGGCGACCGGUGCACAAGGUUCUGCUGCUCACGGGUGGACCCGGCAUCGGUAAGACAACCCUCGCGCACGUCGCGGCGAAGCACGCCGGGUACAGGGUCGUCGAGGUGAACGCCUCGGACGACAGAAGCGCGGACGCUUUGCGGUCCAAGGUUACCGACGCGGUUCAGAUGCAACCCGUCAUCGGCGAUAAGCGGCCCAACCUGGUGGUCAUCGACGAGAUAGACGGGGCUUUGGGAGGCGCCGAGGGCAGGGGCGCGAUCCAGGCGCUGCUGAGCAUCAUAAACGGCGGCGGUAAGGGCAGCAGAGUGAGGCACGGCGACGAGAACGACGCGGGUGCGGACAACGACGCCGUCGGCAAGAAGACGAAGAGGAAGGGACCCGGUCCGCUGAUGCGACCCAUCAUCUGCAUCUGCAACGACCUCUACGCCCCCGCGCUCAGACCCCUGCGGGAGGUCGCCAAGAUCUUCCGCAUGGUCCCGCCCGCCAGCGCCAGGCUCAACCAGCGCCUCAGGGACGUUUGCGCUAAACAGACCCUCCGGGCGGACACCAGAGCCAUCAAUGCCCUCGCCGAGAAGUCGGAGGGAGACGUUCGCGCGUGCCUCAACGCCCUCCAGAUGAUCGCUCAGAAGGGCACGGACGCCGUGACCCUCCGCGACGUGAACGAAAAUGUGGGCGAAAAGGACAUGUCCAUGCAGGCGAGGAUGGUGUGGGAGUCGCUGCUCUCCGGCCACAUCGCCAACAAACGCACCCGCAAGCAGACCCGCCCUGAGCACACCAAGCACCUCUACUCGCAGGUGGCGUCCUUCGGCGACAACGAACUGAUGCUCAGCGGGCUGUUCGAGAACAUCAACAACCUUAGGCUCGGCGACACGUCCAUGGUCAAGUCCGCCAAGGCUCUUGACGCCAUGGUGGACGCCGACGUCUUUCAGGGUGCCGGGUUCAAGAAGGGUCACUUCCACCUGCAGCCGUACGUGGCUUCCGCCGCGAUGGGGGUGCACGCGUGCGUCAGCAACGCCCCGGCAGCCACCAACCUCGAAUGGCCACAGCAGGGUAAGAUGCACAGGGAGAUGGUCAAGAACAGGACGAUGCUCCGCGGGUGGGCGACUUCGAGCAAGCUCCUCGCCGCGUCGUCCGAUCAGACCCUCUGCGAGACGAUCCCGUACCUCCUGACCGCCAUUGCGCCCGAGGUUCGACCCGUCGCCGCCAACUUCCUCAGGCCCGAUGAGGCCAAACUCAUGCGCAACUCCGUCUCCACGAUGGUCGCGCACGGCCUGUCCUACGCGGCGCCGCCGGAGGGUGGCGUUCCGUUUGGGUCCUUCCGCGGCGCUCAGGCUUCGAUGGUCCUCGACCCGCCCGUGGACCGAGUUUGCGCCUUCGGCUCGGACAAAACCUUCGGCGGGGUGCCCCGCCGCGUCCUUCCCGCCGCCGUCAAGUCGAUGAUCCAGCACGAGGUUCGCAUGGAGGAGAUUCGCCGGGCCGAGUGCGCGGUGCACGGCCCGGGAACCCCGCCCGCGAAGCGCGAGCAGAAGACGCAGCUGAAGCAGGGGGGCGUCGGCGGAUCAGAGGAGCACAAGGAAGCUGCGGCGAAGCGCCUGGCGAUGGCGAUGGGGGGCAUCGGGUCGAGGAAGGAUCCGAAGAAAUUGAAGAAGGAGGGCGAGAGGGUGGACGUGGUGUACAAGUACAACGAAGGGUUCACGAACGCGGUGCGUCGCACCGUGUAUAUGCGCGACCUG